GCUUAUUGAUUUUGGUAAAAAAUUCAAUUUUGGCGCUUUCUCGAUCUCUUGCAUACAAGCUGGAUUUGUUUACCAUUUGCACGGCUCAUAAGUCACUUGUGGUUUAAACUCUGUUUAAGUAUAUUAUGGUUUAGUUUUUUGGCUCGUUUUUUCAAGAAAUGUCAACACCGACAGAAUCGAUUCCUACUUCAUCACAUUAUCAAGUUCCUAAUUGGGCUGGAAUACCUCCAUCAGGGUUCCACUUAGAUGUUUAUAAAGAAGGCAAAUUGUUUCAGAAAAUCAUGAUCGAUGAGAAAAAAUGCUAUCAUUUUGGACGAAACCCGACUCUGAAUGAUAUUUGUAUUGAUCACCAAUCUUGUUCGAGGAUCCAUGCUGCUUUGGUUUAUCAUAAACAUCUCAGUAGAGCUUUUUUAGUAGAUCUUGGCAGCACGCAUGGAUCUUUUAUCGGCAAUGUUCGUCUUGAAGCUCAUAAACCAACUCAAUUACCUGUAAACAGUACAUUUCAUUUUGGAGCAUCUACUCGAUAUUAUUAUCUUCGCGAAAAACCAAACGCUAGCAAUAUAUCUAACUCUGAUGGUGAUGCAAAUUCAGAAAAUGUCGACUAUGGACAUCUCAACUUGCCUGAUUCGGAACUAGAACUAGAUAACUUGACUGAAUUCAACACUGUUCAUAAUAAGCGUAUAAGCAUGAUGGGAAUAAAAGAAAGUGACAAAGUUCGGGCUGGCCCUCGUACAAUAUUAGUAAGAUUUAAAGAAGAAGAAGAAAUAAUAAACCCAGAAGAUAUUGAUCCAAGUGUUGGAAAAUUUCGAAAUUUAGUCCAAACAACGGUUAUUCCCAGAAAGAAGAUGAAACUAGACUCAUCAUUGGGAUUGAAUCAGAAUGAAGUUAAAUCAUCUCAUAUCUUGAAACCUCAAAUCGACUCAACAUCUCAUCAUUCAUCUGCUUUAAAUCCAAUUUUUUCAACUUCACUUUCCCUCAAACUUGGUAUACCAUUACCAAAUUCAGCCCCUGAUGUGGAUCUUGAAACGAGUCCCGAAAAAAUUCCUGAGCUCCCAGCAAAACAGCUAACUGCUGUUGAACCGAUCGAAAGUAUCGGUGGAAUGGGUCUUCCUAAGAAGAAGAAAUAUGCCAAAGAAGCGUGGCCUGGACGUAGACCCCCUCUUCUUUAAUAGUAACCUAUGAUCUUACCAAUUCGGUUAAUGUUAGGUAAUUGUAAAAUCUGCUAAAUUAUAUCCCAUGUCAAAAUUACCCAACUUUGCCUCAUUAAACUGAUUUUCAUUGUAAACUGCUUCAUUGCUGAUAAAUUAUAGUUUAAUAACAAUUUUUAAACUUCACUUUCAUCUA